AGAAUUUUUAAUUUAGCCACUGAAUUAUGUCUCUUUUAUUUUUAUUUUUUCUUGGUACAGAGCUUAUGCUGCUAGGAUUUAUAUCAUUGCUGCUAACAGUAGGACAAAGUCCAAUUUCCAACAUAUGUGUAUCAGAAAAAAUUGGAAAUUCAUGGCAUCCCUGUAGUAAGCAGAAAGAGGAAGAACUAACGAAGGAUGGUGAAGACAUUUCAGAAAACUCGUCUGAGCAACACCGCCGGAGACUUCUUAUGGCGGCUGCCAGUGGCAGCGUUCGUCGAAUCUUGGCUGGUGGGGGGGAUGACAAAUGCGCAGCCAAGGGAAAAGUACCAUUUGUGUCUGCCGAUGGCAUUCAUCAAUUGCACAUUUUCAUCUUUGCGCUGGCUGUUUUUCACGUUCUAUACUGUAUUACAACUUUGGCUUUGGGAAGAGCUAAGAUGAGAAGUUGGAAGUCAUGGGAAAAUGAAACAAAAACAGCUGAAUACCAAUUUUCUCACGAUCCUGAGAGGUUUCGGUUUACGAGAGAAACAUCAUUUGGGAGAAGACACUUGAGCUUUUGGACCAAAAAUCCUGUCCUACUUUGGGUCGUAAGUAUAUUUCUUUUAAUCUCCUAGUUAUUACGUAAUACUAGUAUUUCAUAUAACAAAAUUAAUUAUAAAUAUUUUAAAUUAAUUACAAAUAUUUUAAUUUUUAUAUUUUUUUUCUUUAAAAUUCUCAUACAUAUCAAAACAUUCUUUUUAGAUGGACUAAUUCUCCUUAAUAUAUGUCUAAAAUUAAGCAAUCAUUAUUUGAUAAUUUUAAGAUUUUUAAAUUCAAACAUUAACUGAUCAAAUUCCUCAAUUUCAUCAUCUUCUUCAAUUAUUUUUGAGAUUUUUAAUUUCUUAUUUUUUUUUAACUUUACCAAAUCAAAUUACAUGCACUUCUUGUAUAUUGACUGAGUAAAUU